AUGCCUUCUCUUUUCAAGAUCAUGAUCGCCGUCGUGUUUUACCUCCUCUGCACCGUCGCCGCUCUAUCGCCAACACUCGAGCCCCACAUGCGCGACCUCAGCAUCGGAUACCACGCUCUUAUCACGAAUCUCCGCCAUCACGAGUCCCAGACAACAGGACCUUAUACCAAGGCCCUACUGGAGCAGAUGGUAGACGUGAAAACACAAAUAAGUCACAUGGCUCGUGAGAUGGGAUGUCUCGACGAGAUGAAGCCUGCCCUGUUGUGUAUGGUGAUGGCAGUGGAGGUCAAGCGAUUGGAAGCCGACAUCGUGACCAAGGCGCUGGAAUGGUACGAUUUUGAGAAGGAAAAGGACGCAAAGGCAAAGGCAAAUGCUUAG